CAUGCGUCCUCUACUCGAGCUAAGAUGCCAGUGCAUGUAGCCUACCAGAUCAAGACCGUUACAAGUGUUGUUUCGCCAUUGAGGCUAUUGAUACUUCAAACCUUGCAGGAAGAUAUAGAUAUAAGCUUAUGGGAUAUGGAGCCCAAUGAGGAUUCCCUGGUCACAUUGGGGGUGAAUGCAUUUCCGCUGGUGAAGCAGCCCCUGCCUCCGCCCCUCUCCCCCACCCAUUCCCGCACUCCCCUUCCAUGCAUGCAGGCCUCCCUUCGCGCUGCCGAGCCGGGCGGCAGCGGAACCAAACGGAGCGGCGCCGACCACAGGUCCCCCAGCAGGAGCCCCAGCUCUGAGGCCUCCCUUCGCGCUGCCAAGCCGGGCGGCAGUGGAACCGAGCAAAGAGGCGCCGACCACAGGUCCCCCAGCAGGAGCCCCAGCCCCGAGGCCUCCCUUCGCGCUGCCAAGCCGGGCGGCAGCGAACCAAACGGAGCGGCGCCGACCACGAGUCCCCCAGCAGGAGCCCCAGCUCUGAGGUGAGCAUGCUGGUGUCGCAGCCCUCGCACCCUUCUGCGGUGCAGCAUCUUGUUUAUUGCUGGCCGCGGCCGAAGGAGUGUCCUAUCCAUCAGUGUGCGCCCCUCCCCGCUCCAACACGCGCUUACUUUGCCAUUUACAAACGCUGCCGCCCCGCCCCGGCCUCCACCCCUCUCCCCCGCCCAUUCCCUCAAUCCGCUUCCAUGCAUGCAGACCUCCCUUCGCGCUGCCGAGCCGGGCGGCAGUGGAACCGAGCGAAGAGGCGCCGACCACAGGUCCCCCAGCAGGCUAGGAGCCCCAGCCCCGAGGCCUCCCUUCGCGCUGCCAAGCAAGCCGGGCGGCAGCGAACCAAACAGAGCUGCGCCGACCACAGGUCCCCCAGCAGGCUAGGAGCCCCAGCCCCGAGGUGAGCAUGCUGGUGUCGCAGCCCUCGCACCCUUCUGCGGUGCAGCAUCUUGUUUAUUGCUGGCCGCGGCCGAAGGAGUGUCCUAUCCAUCAGUGUGCGCCCCUCCCCGCUCCAACACGCGCUUACUUUGCCAUUUACAAACGCUGCCGCCCCGCCCCGGCCUCCACCCCUCUCCCCCGCCCAUUCCCGCACUCUGCUUCCAUACAUGCAGGCCUCCCUUCGCGCUGCCAAGCAAGCCGGGCGGCAGUGGAACCGAGCGAAGAGGCGCCGACCACAGGUCCCCCAGCAGGAGCCCCAGCCCCGAGGUGAGCAUGCUGGUGUCGCAGCCCUCGCACCCUUCUGCGGUGCAGCAUCUUGUUUAUUGCUGGCCGCGGCCGAAGGAGAGUCCUAUCCAUCAGUGUGCGCCCCUCCCCGCCCCGACACGCGCUUACUUUGCCAUUUACAAACACUGCCGCCCCGCCCCUGCCUCCGCCCCUGUCCCCCGCCCAUUCCCUUGCACCCUUCUGCGGUGCAGCAUCUUGUUUAUUGCUGGCCGCGUCCGAAGGAGGGUCCUAUCCAUCAGGAGCGCCUUGUAGAUUAGGGACAGCGAGUGGCAGGGUGAUUGAGAGGGACGUCGUGCUCGGGACAGCACCCCAGCUAACUGGUCUCCUCAACCGAUGCACCCCCCCCACACACACACACACACACGCAUGCACGCAUUCUUACUUUACCCACCUCCCUCCCCAUGCAGCCCACACAUGCAUGCAAGUACCCCCGUACUCGCCCCCUCACCCCAUGCAACCAACAUACGCACCCAUGCAAGCACGGUCCUACUCGCGGCCAGUUUUCUCAACACAUGAAAGCAAGCCCGCUUUACUCACCCCCUCACCACCUGUAGCCCACACACACAUUCCAGCUUAAAGCGCCCUCUCGCCCCAAUCCGCCCACACACGCAUGCAAGCACCCUCGCUCAACUCGUCCCCUCACUCAAUGCAACCCGAGCACGAAGGCAUGCAAGCACUCCAACAAUAAUCGUCCCCUUGCCCCGUGCAACCUGCAUACACAUGCACGCAAUCCUGCUUCACACACCCCAUCACCCCAUGCAACUCAGACACGCAUGCAUGCAAGCACUCCCACAUUAGUCGCCCCAUUGCCCCAUGCAAUUCAAACCCAAACGCAUGGAAGCACUCCCACAUUACACGUCCCCGCGCCCCUUGUAGCCCCCACACGCAUGCACGCACUCCCGCUUCACACGUCUUUUCACCCCAUGCAACCCACGCACGUGCGCAAGCCAGCACUCUCACAAUACUCGCCCCCUUGUCCCGUGCAACUCACGAACGCUUGCACGCACCCCCUCUUCAAGUGCCCCCUCGCCCCAUGCAACUCAGACACGCAUGCAUGCAAGCACUCCCACAUUACACGUCCCCUUGUAGCCCCCACACGCAUGCACGCUUUACUCGCCUAUUCACCCCAUGCAUCCCACGCACACACGCAUGCCAGCACUCUGACAGUACAUGCCCCCUCAUCCCGUGCGGCCCACACACGCUCAACAUUCCCGCUUCAAGCGCCCUCUCGACACAUGCAGCCGAACGCAUGAGCACUCCCACAUUACUCGCCCCAUGCAUCCUGCUUCACGUGCCCCCUCGUCCCGAGCAACCCACACACGCACGCCCCAUGCAACCCAUACAUGCACGCCUUCAAGCCCCACAACUUUACUCACCGCCUCACAACCUGCAACCCACACACGAAUGCAAGCACCCCCGCUUUACUCGCCCCAUCGUCCCGUGCAACCCGCACACGCAUGCAUGCACUCCAGCUUUACGCGCCCCUCACCCCAUGUGCACGCAUGCAUGCAAGCACUCCCACAGUAAUCGCUUCAUCGAACACAUGCCCAAAGGAAACCAAACAAGGGACGAAACACGCAAAACCCAAAUCACACCCAAACUCUACACCACGCCCCACACAAGUUGCGACGGCCCCCCC